AAGCAUGAUCAGUUUCAAUAUUUUCUUGCCUCAGACAGAAUUAGAAAGCAGCCCAAAGUUGAUUUCAUCUUCUUUAGAUUCAUUCACCUCCUAUUUCAUUUUCGACAUCUUAGCUUGCCAGCCAUGGGAGAUUAUAGUAACAAGCCCCAAUCCCAAGGAUUGUACCCACCACCAUCCCCUCCACCAUCUGCUCCAUAUCCUCCACCCGAUCAUGUGUACGUGCCGGCAGCAUAUCCCACACCAGCCUAUCCUCCUCCUCCACCACCACCACAGGCGGCUUUUUCUUCGUAUCCACAACCAGCACAAGGAUACCCUGUAACUGCAAGUCCUUAUCACAUAGCUCCGCCGCCAGUAAAUUACCCCAUGAAAAAUGGUCCUACUCCUCCUGGAAUUCCUGGCCCAGCUCAUCCCCCACCCAGAAAGAGAAAGCAUGGCUUUUGCGGACCUUGUGCAUGCUGCAAGCUUUGUUGUGCGACCCUUUGUUGCUGCUGCUGCCUGGAUAUGUGCUUUUGAGGAUCCUCAAUUCAACAGAGAGUUUCUCCCUCUCUCUCUCUCUCAUACUUCUUCCGUCCCAAAAUGUUAAGACAUUUUUGGAAUACAAUGUCAUUUUCAAUUGCAUAUAUCUUUCAAUGUGAAUGUCAAAAAAUAUACAAUAUAGAUCUUGUUGACAGAUUUAAUUAGUUCUAUUAAACAAAGUUUUUAAAAUCACAUACAACUUCAUAAAUCGAAAGAUGUAAGUAAUCUGAAAUGACACGUAGUCCUGAAAAGGUCAAAUAUUUUGGGACUAAGAGAGUAUUAUAUAUGAUAUUUAUAUAUAUUAUGGCCAUAGGUUUGUAAUAAUUCCAUAAAAGAAUUAAAGAUUUAAUCUUUCAUACACAUUUUCUUUUGGACUGCAUGUACAGUUUUUUUUUUUUUUUUAUCCGCGACUGCAUGUACAAUUAAUGAGAUAAACUGAUUCCGACUCAUGAGAAGGGGAAAAAAAAUUUCUCUUUUUUCUCUACCAAGAUUGUAUGUUUGGAUUCAUGGGCUUUAAUUGCUUUUACACUAUGCCACAGUUCAGAUUACAAA